AUGCCCCUCCCCUCUGCUCCUUUAUCCAUAAAUACGAAGAGCACAGAGACACAGGUACCAUCAGGUCAAAAAGGUUCUGCUGUACAGGUGCCUAACCCAGAUCUUCAGUCAUGAAAUUCGCUCUGGUUGCCGUCCUUGCCGUGCUGGCUCUGGCCCACGUAAAUGAGGCUGCUGAUGCCAACGCCGAUAUUGAGAGGCUGACUCAGUACUUCCAGGAUCUGUCCACCAAGCUGACAAGCACCACCCAGGAGCUGGUCGAGGCCCUCAAGACCCACGAGCUCACCGCUCAGGCCCAGACCUACCUUCAGGACAGCAAAGCCCAGCUGGAGCCUCUGGCUGAGAAGAUCCAGUCUCAGAUCAAGCCCCUUGCCGCCAACAUGGAGGAGCAGCUCAAGCCCCUGGCCGAGUCCGUCCAGGCUCAGCUCAGGCCCCUGGCCGACUCCGUCCAGGCCCAGAUGGAAGACAUCUUCAGGAAGCUGAUUGAGCAGACCAAGGCCAUUAGCCAGUAAAGAGUCUAAUCUGUCAUGUUACCUCAUGAGUCUGUCGUUCACUACACCAACAUCCAUUAAAGGGCUCUUGAAGUAA